AUGGCCUCUGUCAAUCUGACGAUCAAGCCCGUCCAGGUCAGCAUUGACACCACAGCUACCGUAGAGGAGCUGAAAGAGAAGGUUUCCGCACAAGUCAACAUCCCAGCGAAGAACAUUCGGCUGGUGUGCAUCGGCCGCAUCUGGCAGGACACCCAGACCGUCGGGUCUUACGAGCCGAAAGACGGAGUCGUGGUGCACUGUCUGAACAAUCCGCAAAGGGAAGCCCCCCCAGUCGCCAGCCAGUCGUUGGCUCCGGCGAACCCCAUGGCGCAGAUGAUGGGCGCGGCACCCACGCCGCAGGCCAACUCAGGCGAUCCCUUCUCCCAGAUGAUGGCGCAGACUCAACAGCAGAUGAUGCAGAAUCCAGAGAUGAUGCAGCAGCUGAUGAACUCGCCCAUGGUUCAGCAGAUGAUGAGCAACCCGGAGGUUUUGAGGACGAUGGUUCGCAUGAACCCGCAGCUCAACGAGCUCAUGGAGCAGCGACCGGAGAUCGCCAGGAUGCUGGAGGAUCCGGAGUUGCUCCAGCAGUCCAUGCGCAUGGUUGCCAAUCCGUCGCUGAUGCGAGAAAUGACCAGGAAUGCAGAUCGCGCCUUGGGCCAGCUCGAUGCCAUGCCGGGUGGUCACAACGCGCUGGUGCGAGCUCACGAGGAGUUUGCGGACCCGCUCUUUGAGGCCAUGUCGGGAGGAGGCAGCAGCGCCAGCGGCGGGAACGCGACAGCGGUCGACUACUCGCAGGACACCAGCUCCGGACCCAGCAGUGAGGCGCUGCCCAACCCGUGGGGCCCGACGCCGGCCGCGAACACCCCGGCGGCUACCCCGGCGCCAGCUGCAGCCGCCAACCCGGCAGGCGCCUUAGGCGGUGCACCGGGUGGCCUCGGUGCCAUGGGUGGUCUUGGUGGCAUGGGUGGCCUCGGUGGCCUGGGCGGCUUUGGGGGUUUGGGUGGCUUGGGUGGCAUGGGCGCCCUGGGUGGCAUGGGCAUGGGUGGCCUGGCCGGGUCAGGGGCUCCUGGUGGCAUGACCAGCCCAGCAGCACCGACAGCUGGCGCGACCGCUCCGGGAACGGCCGGCGCGACGGGGCCGGGAGCGGGCACUGCCGGAGCUCCCGCGAACAUGAUGCAGCAGAUGAUGCCCGGCCGAAUCUGCGGCUACGGUGCGGGAGCACCGGGAGCGCCCUUGGCACAAACAGCCACGCAACCCCCGGAGCUUCGGAGAGCGCGGUUUGCGUCGCAACUGACGCAGCUCUCUGCCAUGGGCUUCACGAACGAGGCUGCUUGCCUCAGGGCCUUGGCCCAGCACGAGGGCCGCUUGGACGCGGCCAUCGACACCCUGCUCUCCGGUGACGGCAACCCCUAA